GGGUCCUGGAUAACACAGCGGAAGAAAAUGGCGGCCGUGGCUGCAGAGCCAGGAGCUGCAGCGGUUCCGACAACAACAAUAACCGCGGCGACGGACGACGAGGGCUCGGGCGAACCGGGCCGGGCCGUGCCGCUUCACCCCGGCGGGGGAGGAGGGGAGAUGGACGGGUCUGCAGCGGAGAUCCCCCGGGGGGAGGAUGAAGGAGACGCGGAGCAGCGCCGCCAUGUCAGGCCGGAGUCCGCGGCGGGAAAACACACCGAGGAACUGAUCCAGAACUUCCCUCCGGAGCCGAUCAGCUUGGACCGGUUCUCCCCCGGAGUACCGGCCGACCCAGAGCUGCACAACCCGCAGUCCCCCGCCGUGUUCCUGCACUCCCUCCCAGCCGCGGAGCCCAGUAACUCUAACCCGGAGCCGAGGCCCGGUACUGGGCUGUCUCUGCAGGAACCGGCGGGACCGACGGACACUCCGGUGCACCCGGAGCCGUGUAACCCUGACCCUAAUAACCCUAACCCGGGCCUUCCGGAGCCCGGUCUGCAGGAUCUGAGUCCCGGCUCAGAGGUCCGGGUCUCCCUGGAUCACGUCAUCGAUGACGCGCUGGUGGUGUCGUUCCGGCGGGGGGAGAAGGUGUUCUCGGGGGUUCUGAUGGAUGUCUCCAGAAGGUUUGGGCCGUACGGUAUUCCCAUCACGGUGUAUCCCAGACGAGAUGACGGGCGUUGCCCCCAGAGGUCGCUGCCGGCGCUCCCUGAUGUCGACCCGUCCAUCAAACAGGAAGUGGUCAUCGUGUCAGAGGGCGUGUCCCCGCCCCCCCCGCAGCCUUGGAUGUCCAAACCGCCGCCGCUGUUCCAGGAGGGGGCGCCGUACCCCCCCCCUCUGUUCCUGCGGGACACGUACCACCAGGCCGUGCCGCAGCCGAUGCCGCGCAAGAUCAAGCGCCCCAAACGGCGCUACCGCUGCGAGGAGCCCACCUCCAUCAUGAACGCCAUCAAGCUCCGCCCCCGCCAGGUGCUCUGUGACAAGUGCAAAGCCGUGGUGGCGUCCGGCGGCCACCUGGAGGCGCGCCGCGGCGAGGACGCGUCACGCCGCCGCCGAGCGGCCGAGGCGCCGCCGCUGAACUCUGAGCUCAAACGUCUGAGGAGUGACGACCGGAGCGCACGAUCGGCGCCGGACAGACGCCCCGCGAUACGUGUGACAUCAUCGUCCUCGCCUCGCCGCGUCCUGAGGGGCGUGGCUUCGUCCUCGCCGGCGGCCUCCUCCAGCCGACUCUGUCUGAAGCUCGGUGCUCAGAAGGUUCUGGACAAACGGCGCUCCAAAGCUCGCCACGCCCUCAACAAGCUGCCGGCCGCCGUACAGACGAUACGGACGGCCCCCAUGCCGGCGGCGCCUCGCCGGCCCAAAGACCCCGCCCCCCCGGCUCAGAACCAGACCCCCGGCCCGGCUCUGGGGCCGGACGGCGGCCGGGCGGUGACCCGCGCCGCGGCGCUGCAGAGCCGCCACCAGAAGGUCCACUUCACUCGCCGCCUGCAGAACAGCGCGGCGGCCGUCGGCUCGCCACUUCCUCCCAGAAUGCGUCUGAAACCUCAAAGGUAUCGAACCGACGACAGCCAGGCGCCCCCCCCCCCCUGCCCCUCCUCGCCCUCCCCCUCCUCGCCGCCCAAACACAGCGCUCGCAGCUCGCCUCCCAAACCGGCUGUAAGCCCCACCCCCUCAGCCGCUUCGAACCCUGACCCCCCCGCAGCACCUCCCCCUCCUCCUCCCCCCACCUUCUGUGUUGCCGUGGAGACGCAGGAGGGCCCCCAUCCUCAGGAGGAGGCAGAGCGGGAGGCGGAGUCUCCUCCGUGCUCCGUCCAAUCAGAGAGCAGCUCAGAGACCUUGGCCCCCCCUGGAGACCAGCCCUCCCCGGCCCCUCCCCUCCCCGAGGGGCCGAGGGACGAGGAGGAGAAGCGUCGCCGUAAGUCCUCCUCCUCUUCUUCUUCUUCCUCUUCCUCGUCCUCGCGGCCCGCCACGUUCUCCAAGUCCGUGUCCAAGGCGGCGCUGCCGGACGGCCGCACCGUGUGCGCCGGAGACAUCGUGUGGGCCAAGAUCUACGGCUUCCCGUGGUGGCCUGCGCGCGUGCUGGGCAUCACCGUGGCGCGCCGCGGCGACACGGGGCUGGCGGUGACGCAGCAGGCGCGCGUGUCGUGGUUUGGCUCGCCGACCACGUCCUUCCUGCCGCUCGGCCAGCUGGCGCCGUUCCUCGAGAGCUUCCAGUCGCGCUUCGACAGGAAGAGGAAGGGCCCGUACCGCCGCGCCAUCGCCGAGGCCGCCAGCGCCGCCAAGCAGCUCACGCCUGAGGUCCGCGCGCUGCUCACACAGUUUGAGACGUAGCAUCGGCCCCCCCCCCCCCA